CAGCGCGAUGAGGACAUGGACAUGUCAUACGAAGGCUUGCUCUCGCUGUCGACCAUCCUGGGCGACGUGAAGCCUCGUGGAACGCCGGCCGACAUCAUUUCUUCUCUUCCAAAAGGAACGUAUGGAGAUUGGGUACGGCCUGGGGUCACGGAGGAGCGCUGCCCCAUCUGUUUGGACGAUUACGACGCUAAGGAUGCCUGUCUCCGUGUUCCUGCAUGCUCUCACUGGUUCCAUGAAGGCUGUCUUCAGGUAUGCACAAACUCCCAAGACACCACCUCUUGGACGUUGUGUUGA